GAGAGGGUUUUGUUUUCUGACGCUGCGUGAGUUCCCCGACACACCGGGGACACAUAUUGAUGUAUAAAAGACAUCACAAAGUGCAUUUUCUGUGGUAGGUCCCCUUUAAACAAGUGUGUAAAAGAGACGACUAAACGCCAUCAGGCCGAACAUUAGCCUUUAGCUUGGCGAUGGUGACGGGAAGUCAUGUGACUGGUUUGCAGUUCCUUUAUAGCUUAACGUUAGCUUUUUACUUCUGGAGAUUGCAUUGACUCUUCCACUCAAUCAUUAUAAACGUGGUGUUAAUGUGUGGAGAUUAUCCUGCUCAACAAAACGUGUAAGUAUCAUAAAAGUUUGUUUACCACAGAGACUAUUUUCUCAGAUAUUCUAAAUCCAAUGGAAAAAUCCCAUUGACUUUUUGUCCGGGGAGCUCUUAAUAAGAAGAAUCCAUUUUAUUUAUAAGUGCACUUUUCAUUUGAGUAAACACAACUCAAAGUGCUACAGAGUAAAAUGGUUGAAACAAAACAACAAAAACUAAUUAAACAACACAAUAGCAUGGCAACACGUGGGGUUUUAACGAUCUAGUAAAAGGCUGAUCUAAAAAAAUAUGCGUUCUUAGGCCUUUUUUAGAAGCACAGUUCUUGUGAUGCUUACUUCCUGGUCUACAGAAAUACGUCCUUACGGCGCCGCUCCAUUUGAAGCACAUCUAAUAAAUAAGACCUGCAGAUCUCAAGAGCUUGCAGUCGAAGUCCAGACAGAGACUCUCUCCAUUUUAGUAAGAUAUCAGGCUUUUUGUACAGAGAUUCAUACUUUUACGUUCAUUUUUGAAAGUUUUUAUAUACUUUUAUUGGAUGCACUCAAUAUCCAAACAUGCAUUGACACUCUGUCCGUUGAUGAUUGCAAACCAAACUACAUUUAAAGUCUUAAAGACAACAACGCUGGUGUCCCGAGAGCUUUAUCUCUGUGGAGAUGAGCGUGUCCUCUGCCAAUGGGACCAUGGUCAUUCAGUAUCGAGACUCCUUCUCUAAAGCUGUGGCCAAGAAUGUGAUCGUGGUGGUGAUCGGGAUCUCCAUCAACUACAUCAAUGUGGGUCUCAUUCACACCUUCUGCAAACACCAGAUCUUCUACACGAAUCCUCGGUACGUCCUCUUCAUUCACCUGGUGAUCAACGACAUGAUCCAAGUGACUCUUUCCCUUUGCAUGUUCAUCAUCAGCUACACCAUCUACAAAAUAAACGCCUCUGUCUGCUGCACCUUCAUCCUGAUGGCUCUCAUCAUGACUGAAAACACGCCUCUGAAUCUGGCCUGCAUGGCAAUUGAAUGUUACAUCGCCAUUUGUUUCCCUCUACGCCACGCACAUAUCUGUACCAUCAAGAGAACGCUGAUCCUGAUUGGUCUGAUCUGGACGACCACCAUGUUGUCUUGUCUCCCUGACCUCUUCAUCACUUUGGCCACAGUGCCACUGGACUUCUUUCAGUCAAAGAUCUUCUGCCUCAGAAAAACUACCUUCCCAAAUCCCAUCAUCUUGGAGAAGAGAAAUAUAACCUAUAUUGUGUAUCUGAUUGUGGUUUGGUUUGUUAUCUUUUUCACCUAUUUUAAAAUCCUGUCCACUGCUAAAACAGCUAGCAGUAAUGCUAAAAAGGCCAAAAACACAAUCAUUCUGCAUGGGUUUCAGGUGCUGCUUUGUAUAACAAACUAUAUAUCCCCCCAGUUUCAAGAUUCCCUGAUACAAAGGUUCCCUGAAAAUAUUACAGACAGCCUUUUUGCUUUCUAUAUUGUUCUUAUGAUCAUGCCAAGAGCAAUUAGUCCAAUAGUCUAUGGCAUACGAGACACGUCCUUUAGGAAGUACCUGAAAACGUAUCUGCUGUGUAAGAGCCCACAGUAAGCAUUGGGAUUUCCAACCUGAAUGCUUUACAUGGAAAUCCUAAAUCCUAAGUCUUUACACGUGAAAGAUGUCCCCAUUGAGGCUAAUCAAGAUGCAUUAAAACACGAGUUACAGUCUGGUAAUAAGUCCCACUGUUUGUAAAGACUUUCUUAGCGAUGGCAGCAGGGGCAGAUCUAGACAAAUAUUCAUGGGGUGGCAAGAGGGUGGUAGGAGAUUUUGAGGGGUGGCAUCCCCUGGCAGAAGUAUAUGCUGAUUCAAUCGCAGUCAAAUCAAUCAAUGUUAACUUGGAAAGCCACAAUAUUGAUAUUUUAACUCAAUAACAUUAGGUG